GAGAGAGAGAGAGAGAGAGAGAGAGAGAGAGAGAGAGAGAUCGCUGCGCACGGCUUCAUCAUCAUCAUCCUCAUCCUCAUCUCCGACAGCGCAGAACACACGGAGCUCAGAGCCGCUCAGGAUGCGCAGGAUUCGGGCCAACGCCAUCCUCAUCCUCACCGUGGCCUGGAUCCUCGGCACCUUCUAUUACCUGUGGCAGGACAGCAGACCUUCCUCAUCCUCCUCGGGCUCCCAGCUGAAGAACCACGGCAGGCUGGAGGAGCGCACUCUUCCUCUGAUCGUGACUCAUGCACCAAAGCUGGAGCAGCAGGGUCAGCUCUUGGGCCAGUUUGAUGAAAAGGCUUUUCUGUCCAGUAAGCAGCUGAAGACAGGUGAGGAUCCGUACAGAGAGCAUGCGUUCAACCUGCAGGAGAGCGACCGGCUCGGCAGCGAACGCACCAUCAGAGACACACGCCACUAUCGAUGUGCCUCCAUGACCUUUGACCCUGACCUGCCAACCACCAGCAUCAUCAUCACUUUUCACAAUGAGGCGCGCUCCACCCUGCUGCGCACUAUUAAAAGUGUACUGAUGAGAAGUCCUCCUCACUUGAUACAGGAGAUUAUUCUUGUGGACGACUUCAGCUCUGACCCUGAAAACUGUCGACUUCUCUCUCAGAUCCCAAAGGUGCGCUGUCUGAGAAAUGAGCGUCGAGAAGGUCUGAUCCGCUCUCGUGUCAGAGGGGCGUCUGCGGCGUCGGCCUCCGUCCUCACCUUCCUGGACAGUCACUGUGAGGUCAACACAGACUGGCUGCAGCCCAUGAUCCAGAGAGUCAGAGAGGAUCACACGCGUGUGGUCAGUCCCAUCAUUGAUGUGAUCAGUCUGGAUAAUUUCGCCUACCUGGCCGCUUCUGCUGACCUGAGAGGAGGUUUCGACUGGAGUUUACACUUCAAAUGGGAGCAGAUUCCUAUAGAACAGAAAAUGGCAAGAAACGACCCAACACAACCAAUCAGGACUCCUGUGAUUGCUGGAGGAAUCUUUGUCAUGGAGAAAGGCUGGUUUAAUCACCUGGGCCAGUACGACACUCACAUGGACAUCUGGGGUGGGGAGAACUUUGAGCUGUCGUUCAGAGUGUGGAUGUGUGGUGGCAGUCUUGAGAUCCUGCCCUGCAGUCGCGUGGGCCACGUCUUCCGGAAACGCCAUCCUUAUGACUUCCCAGAGGGCAACGCACUUACCUACAUCAAGAACACUCGGAGAGCUGCUGAGGUCUGGAUGGAUGAGUAUAAACAGUAUUACUACGCCGCAAGACCAUCAGCGCAGGGCAAGGCCUUCGGGAGUAUUGCAGACCGGCUUGCUCUAAGGCAGAAGCUGAACUGUAACUCUUUCCACUGGUAUCUUGAGAAUGUGUAUCCUGAACUCAAGAUCCCCGAGCAGGACGCGGUGUACAGUCUCCUGAAGCAGGGGGGCUUGUGUCUGGAGAGGCAGGGCACAGACGCUCUGGGUUUGGAGGAGUGUAAGAGCACACCGAGCAUCCCUGCCUCACAGAAGUGGACUCUGAUUGAGCCACAGAUCCGUCAGCAUGACCUGUGUCUGGCCAUCACAGCUUUCACUGCAGGGUCAAAGGUCAGACUGGAGCCCUGCAACAUCAAGGAGUCCAGACAGAAGUGGAAGCCCAGAGGUCCAGUGCUGCAGCACAUGAUCAGCGGCUUAUGUCUGGACAGCCAGCCUCCUUCAGGCCCGCUGCUGGUCAUACAGUGCCGCCCACAGGUGUCCAGCCAAUCCUGGGAGCCGCAGCUGGUCACCUGACUCUGACAGCUGCAGGGAGGGCGGGGAAAGGGGAGGAGUUUAGUCAGGUUGCUGAGCUCGAGGUGCUGUAGGAGCCAGAGGAAAACAUCUGCACACGGUUUUAGUUGAAGGUGCUGCUCUCAAACCAAUCGAACAUGACCCUGUCCAAAACAUCCGACCUCAUACCCUUACCGUGGAAUAGCUGGAGAGGGAGAAGUGACAUCCUGUCUGCCAAAUCAAAGCCUGAACACGUUUCCAAGGCCGUGGAGCACACACGGCAUGGUUUUAUCAGUUGACAGGAGUGCUUUGUUGAAUGAUGCAUUAAGGACUCCAAAAACCAGAUAUGUAGAUAAAUGCCUUUCCGACCCAUAACCUGUAUAUUCCCUCAUUCCCACUGAGAGAUGAAGGUCAGAGUGGUCUCCGGGUGUUUGUUCGGUAUUAGAUUGGGAUGAAGUGAGAGGAAAGGACAGAAACUGAACCCAUGGCUAACAUCACAAUGAAAUAACCUAAUGUUUUAGCAAAAAAGCAUCAAGAUGACACAUUAAAAGAGGUGUUAAGUGCUUUCAAUGAGCUGUUAUUCUGCAUGGUACUGUACAUCGGCACAAUGUAACAGCAUCUGCGAACACGUCCAGCCCAAAGACUGUUUUUCCUCUGUCUUACUCAUUUGCCUUUUCAAACUUUGUAUUUACUUGAAGUGAAACCAUUUUUCAUUCUGAACAUGUGCUAGGAAAAAUAAAGACUACCACCAAACAGACCGCAA